UGCCAUGGCAGUCAGGACGGCGCUGCUCCUUUUUGUAUUUUUACUUUUAGGAGCUGGUGCGGCAGGCCGAGUGCGUCAGAGGACUAAGAUACGGAGGGUGCAAGCCCAGGACCCAGCUCAGGGGGAAGGAGGCACCCCUCCAAACUACGAAGACUAUGACUACACGCAGGAGUACUACGAUGAAUACGACGAGAAGAAAAACGGAACAACCACGACAACAACCACUACGACAGCCUCCCCUCCGGUUUACAUCCCCAUCCAACAAGUGUUGAUCAAUCCUGAUACUGUGUCAGGGGUGCCUGCAUCAGCCCCUGCCGCCCCAGAAACCUACCAACGAGAGUACAACAGCUGUCAGUUUGAAGGCCGGACAUACAGAGAGGGCGAGACUUGGGCCCCGGACUCCUGUUCUUCUUGUACCUGCCAGAGGGGGAACGUCCACUGUCAGCAACUGCCAUCCUGCCACAAGGAUAAUGGGGACGAGUGUGCUGGUGUGAUCUGUCAGGAGAAACAGUGUGCGACCCAGCAAUACAUCCCAUUGGGCGAAUGCUGUCCAGCUUGUGCAGAUGAUCUAGAAAAACCACAGGAACCAGUGAUGAGACCUGGCACAGGAUAUGUAGAGAGUGAAGGCGAAACAGUUGCUUUACCAGGUCCAAGGGGAGAUGCUGGACCACCAGGGGACAGAGGUCACCCAGGAGCAACAGGAUCUCCCGGAACUCCAGGGAAUCCAGGAAUACCAGGAAACCCUGGACUUCCAGGACCUCUUCCUGAUAUGUCUUCAUACUACAACCAGUUGGCUUUAGUGAACGCUGGCAAUGACAAGGGACCCGGCGGGGUGGAGCCCUACAGUGCCAUCCCUGAUGCAUUCCACUACCUCCAGGCACAAGUAGGACCUGUAGGACCCAGGGGAGCCCCAGGACCAUCUGGUGCAGUAGGACCUCAGGGCUUCCAGGGAGUCAGAGGGGAGCCUGGUGAACAGGGACCUCCAGGAGUUCCAGGACCUCCAGGACCUAGGGGACCUCCAGGUUCACCAGGGAAAGACGGAGACCAAGGAGAAGAUGGGGAGGCUGGGGCUGCAGGACCAUCUGGGCCCCCUGGUCCCCGGGGCCUCCCUGGCAUGCCAGGGCUUCCAGGCAUCAAGGGUCAUCGGGGCUUUCCUGGUCUGGACGGAUCCAAGGGAGAGCAAGGUCCUUCAGGGGAGAAAGGCAUCCAAGGACCAUCUGGUCCAAUGGGAGCCAUAGGUCCUAUGGGUCCGGCGGGGCCGCGGGGGGAGCGGGGGCGUGAAGGACCACCAGGGCCACCCGGACUGCGAGGUAUUGAUGGUGUGGCGGGGACUCCUGGUUCACCAGGAGCUAUUGGUAAACCUGGACCUCCAGGUUUUCCAGGAUCUCCAGGAGCCAAAGGAGACCAAGGAGCUCAAGGACCCAAGGGUAGUCAAGGACUUCAAGGACCUAGAGGAGAGUCAGGACGUCCUGGAUUAGCAGGAGAAGUGGGUCUGCCAGGUCCCCCUGGCAAGGAUGGGUCUCCAGGAGAGAAAGGUAGCCCAGGCACCAAUGGGAUUGCAGGGCCUCCAGGAUUCCCAGGAGCGAGGGGUCCCCCAGGUCUCCAAGGCAGUGUGGGACCACAAGGUCCCAAAGGACUUCCUGGAGCGGCAGGAGAGAGAGGUUACAAGGGAGAGCCGGGGGUGAAAGGGGAGUUGGGAGCUGUGGGCCCCAGGGGAUUGGCUGGGCUUCAAGGGCCAGAGGGCAAGAGAGGGAAAAGGGGGCCACAGGGCCCCACUGGUCCGAUGGGCCCUGCAGGAGAACGAGGGGCACCUGGGCCUAGGGGCCUACCUGGAGCUGACGGCGCAGCUGGACCUAAAGGACAGACUGGAGACAAGGGACCCGUGGGACCUCAGGGUUUGAAGGGGUCAGUUGGGGAGACUGGUCGACCAGGUCCCCCUGGGUUACAGGGUUUGAGAGGACCUAUAGGUCGAACAGGAGCGCCAGGAAAGCCGGGUAAUCCAGGAGAGCGAGGGAUACAAGGAGCAGAUGGGAAGCCAGGAGAUCAGGGACCUCAGGGACUUCAAGGACUUCCUGGACCUCUGGGUCCUCCAGGAGAUAAGGGAAUAACAGGAGAACCAGGAAAGGAUGGUGAGCCAGGACCACCAGGAAUGAAUGGACCCCGUGGAGAUCCAGGAAAAGAAGGACCUCCAGGUAUACAAGGACCUCCGGGACCUGCAGGAUUAGAUGGGGAGAGAGGAGCAGUAGGUCCACCAGGUCCAACCGGUUUCCAAGGCCUGCCUGGUAUAUCCGGCAAUCCAGGAUCGCCCGGCAAGGAUGGAGAGCCGGGAAUCCAAGGGGCCCCGGGACCACCAGGAGCUGCAGGCUCGAGGGGGGAGAGAGGGUUCCCAGGAGAGCGGGGUCCUGUGGGCCCCGUCGGACCGGCCGGGUCUCGUGGGGAAGCUGGUGCACAAGGUAGCGAUGGGCCCCCGGGUCCGCCAGGAGCUAGAGGUGAGAAAGGACAUUCAGGACCCCUUGGUUUGGUGGGUCUACCAGGAAUGAGGGGAAUGCCGGGGCCCUCUGGAGAGAAAGGGGAGAGGGGAGCUCUGGGGCCCGUAGGCCCUGAGGGGCCCGCAGGACGGCAAGGUGAAAGAGGGCCCCAAGGAUCUGUGGGGCCUCAAGGGCCUCCAGGUGAACCGGCAGAGAGAGGGGACACGGGCCCCCCAGGACCCCCUGGAGAGAUCGGUGCCCCGGGAAGUCCAGGAGAGAGGGGACCAAUGGGUCCGCAAGGACUGCAAGGGUUCUCUGGGCCACAAGGUCUUGUAGGACUUCCCGGAGUGAAAGGGGAGAGAGGACUCACCGGUUUGAAGGGAGAGCAAGGCAAUCCAGGACCUGUUGGAAACCCAGGAGAGUCAGGGCCACCUGGUCUGGUUGGUUUGACAGGAGCCAAAGGGGCAAGGGGAGAGCCGGGAUCCCGGGGAGAGCAGGGGAUGAUGGGUCCUCCUGGAAGACCCGGAGAGGCGGGUCAGGCUGGUCAGCCAGGGACUUCAGGUAGUCCAGGACCUUCAGGAGUUCCAGGGAUAAAGGGAGCACCAGGGGACGUUGGUAGACCAGGACAGCCGGGCCCUGCAGGACUACCAGGUCCUCAGGGGCAAGAGGGAGUGAAAGGAGAGCGAGGAGGUGAAGGGCCACAAGGAAACCCAGGGCCAGCUGGUCCUCAGGGCCCCCCAGGAGAUAGGGGCCUCCCUGGACUACCAGGCCCCACUGGCCCUGCUGGGGCCAGAGGACUAAGAGGAGCACCAGGAGAAUCAGGAAUACCUGGAAAACCUGGUUUAGAAGGGUCUCCAGGACCCCAGGGUCUUCCAGGAAAUCCCGGACCACCAGGACCUCUUGGAGAGCAGGGACCAGAAGGGCCACCCGGAAAAAUAGGACCUCCUGGAAUAACUGGCAGACCUGGAGACAAAGGACCCAUAGGAACACCAGGAAAUCCUGGGUCCCCUGGACCUCCAGGACUAACAGGUCCUCCAGGAUCCAGUGGUCCCCCAGGUGCAGCUGGAGAAAGAGGUCCAAGGGGCGAAACAGGUCCUCAAGGAGUUGAGGGACAAGUGGGUCCAAGAGGAAAACCAGGACCACCAGGACCAGAAGGGGUGAAAGGAGAGAGAGGGGAGUUAGGGCCCAAGGGAUCAAAGGGCCACAGAGGGCUUAAUGGUCUUCAAGGACUUCCUGGUCUACAGGGUCCUGUGGGAGAGAAGGGAAUGACAGGAGCUCCGGGAUUGCCGGGUAAAGAUGGGGAGCCUGGUCUCCGGGGGACGCCUGGCAGAGAUGGUAACCCAGGACCUCCAGGCAUCAUGGGCCCUGCUGGUCCCCGAGGUCCCGCGGGAGAGGCUGGUAAGGAUGGUUCUCCGGGAAGUCCAGGACCUCCUGGACCACCGGGACCUGCCGGGGAACCUCUUGGAUAUGACGCUGCUGCGUUGGCUGCGCUCUUGAACCAAGGAUCGAGCAAGGGCCCAGACCCUCUCAGUGGAGACGAGCCUCCUCGCUUGUUUGGCAAUGAUGUUACAGAAGAGGAGAGGCGAGCGCUGGUACUCAAGGCCUACGAACACCUCAAGCAGAGUUUCGAGCGCUUCAAGAAACCCGAUGGAACAAAGUUCGCCCCAGCCAAGACUUGCAGAGAUCUUGCAGUUGCUUAUCCCAACCUGCCUAACGGAGAGUACUGGGUGGACCCGAAUGAAGGAGACAUAAGGGACGCCAUCUUGGUACAAUGCGACAUUGAGAAAAGACUGACAUGCCUACUGCCACAACCAGCGGCCAGUCCCCACAUAACACAUCUUGGGGAUGAGCAGGAGUACUGGCUAUCGGAGCUCGACGCAGGCUUCAAGAUAAACUACAAGGCAGACAGUAACCAAAUUGGUUUCCUGCAACUACUAUCUACCAGUGCAAGUCAAAAUCUGACCUAUCAUUGCCUCAACUCGGUGGCUUAUUUUGAUCUGGAGCACAAGACCUAUAGACGAGGGCUGAAACUGUUGGGCUGGAAUGACGCCGAGAUAAUGCCUAGAGGAAAUGCCAAAUUCCGGUACAACGUAGAUGAUGACGAGUGUCGCUCGAGAAAGCAAGAAUGGAGUCGUACAACCAUCAGCUAUUCCACUGACCGAGCUCUUCGACUGCCUAUCACUGACAUUGCCUUGAGGGACAUCGGCAAAGCCAACCAGAGCUUCUGGAUACAACUUGGCAAAGUCUGCUUCAAGUAGUCUAAACUUGGCAAAGUCUGCUUCAAGUAGUCUAGCAAAGUUAAGCUUAGUCAAACAUUGUGACUUAUCUUUGUAAAGACUGAACAACAUAUUUGUACUUCAUCGGUUAUUAGUUUUAUUUAGCAUCUUAAUUCCUUUUAAUACCUUCACUUGGAAAUUAAGUCUGAACUAAAAGCUACUUAUUAACGCUUCAGUGUUAGUAUGUUUUAAUAAGUAAUGUUAAAUAAUCUCAAUACUCAUAUUAGGCUCAAAUUAAACAUGCUGUUCUUGCAUUAGUAUUUUGUUAAAAUGUUAUUGCUUGAAACAAGGCAUAGAAGACAAUUGUUUAAAAAUUAAGAUCAAAAUAAUUUUUCUCACUACAAUGGUGCACAAUUAGUUAAAAUAACAUAAAUUUGUAUGACAUUUUGGUAGUUAGACGAUAUCAAGCUUAACCUUAGACUGUAGCAAACAAGAAUUUACCUCCUGAUAAUAACUGCCAAAAUACUGCCAUUGUGUUGAACGCAGAUCACUGCCAUAAGUGUAUGUAUAUAAUUUUGUACCAUUGUUAUUAAUUAAAACAUUGAAA